AUGAGAAAGGGACAGAAUGCAGGGAGCGUCUCUACUUCAAAACAAGAUUCCGGUAUGCACAAGAAACGCAAGACUAAGCGGAAGCCCGUGACAAUUGUGGUUAUGGGUCCUACUGGCUCGGGCAAGACGUCGUUCAUCAACACUGCUAGCGGCUCAGAACUACGUGUUGGGUUGGGCUUGGAGUCAUCCACAGAAAACAUUCAAAAGUCCAACACGUUCCCGCUAGAUGAAUACGAUGUCACAUUGGUCGACACACCUGGAUUCGACGACACCAAUAUAAGCGACGUUGACAUUCUCGCUCUAAUUGCGAAAUAUCUUGCUGACGAGUUUGAGAACAGGCGACAAAUCAGCGGCGUCAUAUACCUACAUCGCAUCACCGACAACAGGAUGGGUGGUACGGCGUUACGGAACUUCCGCAUGUUUAAGGAGCUCUGCGGGGGGCCGGCAUUGGCCAACACAGCUAUCGUCCUGAACAUGUGGAACGAGGUUAAUGAAGGUAUCCGCAGCGCCCGCAAGAACGAGCUCGUCUCCAAGGACAACUUCUUCAAGCCUGCAGUGACGGCAGGCGCGAAGGUCCUCACUCACGACAAUACGGUGGAUUCCGCGUAUGCUGUAUUGCGCCACCUGGCAACGCGGCGACCGAGACCGCUCUUGAUCCAGACGGAGCUCGUCUCACGGAAAAAGCAGCUCUGUGAGACGUCUGCGGGAGCUGCGCUGCUUGGGGACCUUGUCAAGAGGGAGCAGAGGCAGGCAGAGCAGUUGCGAGACAUGCAGAAGGAGAUUGAGGAGGCUAUCCGGAAGAAAGACGAAGAGGACAGGCGAGAAUUAGAGGAGGCACGCCGCAAGGUGGAUGAAACACGGAGGCAUCUUCUGAGUCAGCAACAACGAAUGAAGCCUGUGAAGCCUGUCGGAGUCAGAGCGCAGCGUAAUCGUCGCCGGAGGUUAUUUCGCGGACUACUUUGCGUCACGUCUGACAAUUUGGAGACGUAA